AUGAUUCCCGAACACACUAACACACAACAUAAUGCAAGAAAACCGGAAACCACUUCUUCUUCCACCGAAACCACCAAACAGUCGGACGAUUGGGAGCGGCUGGAUGCCAUUGUCCUACAAUGGAUAUACAGCACGAUCUCAAACGAUCUCUUACACACCAUCAUUAACAAAACUGCCACUGCAUACGACGCCUGGGUUUCCAUCGAAAAUCUUUUUCAUAACAACAAGAGCGCUCGUGCGAUUCAUCUCAUGCAGAAAUUUUCCAACACUAGACUUGACGGCUUCCCGAACGUGUCCGCCUACUGCCAAGAACUCAAAGUCUUGGCCGAUCAGCUUGCCAACGUUAAUGCUCCUGUGGACAGUGACCGCCUUGUGCUUCAGUUAAUCACUGGUUUGAAUGAAGAAUAUGAUGGUAUCGCCACCAUCUUACAACAACAGGACCCAUUGCCGUCUUUCUACACUGCUCGUUCCAAAAUCAUUCAAGCCGAAAGCCGUAAAGCCGAACAAGCUUUACAUGCUUCCAAAGCGGCUGGUUCGGCUCUCACCGCCACCACACAGCGUGCGACAUCAUCUGAUAUGAACCGGCAAGAUGACUGA